AUGGUGACUGGGUCUAGACAACAACAACAACAGCCACGGAUUCUGUUGCAAUUGGGGGGCAAUGGGAAUGGAGAUAGGUAUGACCCUAAAGGAAGGAUCAAAAGAGGAGUGUUGGUAACUAUGGGUACGGGAACGUUAGCACUUGGACUUUAUGUUUACCUUCAAAUUAGAUGGAAGCAAAAGAUGGGAGAAAAGGAUAAUAAUACAAUCUUUGUUCCAUUAUGGAUUAACCCGAAUUGGAUCUAUCGUUCAGCAUACAAGUUCCCCAAAACAGUUCAAUAUUUUGAUUGCGAGUUCUUCAAGUAUCUUGAACAAGAGAUAGAGCAAGCUAGUGAAGAAACUGAGUUGGAACCGUUGGGGAACCCCUCCUUGACCACUCAUAUACAUAAUUAUUAUAUGGGAGAAGAAGCUUUAAAGUUUAUGCAAGUAUUUGUCAAUACCAAUGUUAAGUAUAAGGUUCUUGAAGAGUUACUGAAAAAUAAAACCAUUCGACGGCUCUUUGGAUUACCUUUAUCAAUUGAUCUUAUAGACUAUCGAAGAGAAAACUUUCGUGUUUGGGUUGAAAGCAAGUAUCCGACAAUUUCUGGGGUUGAAAUCCCAAUGGAUGAUUGGAAGUCUUGGAAAUGGGUGAUCAACCCGAUAAAUUGGCACACGUUGGCCAACAAUUUGGCCAGUGAAUGGACUUUGAAUCGAGAAAAUGCUAAUUCUGUUGAUGAGAAUGACGAUGACUCACACCGUGCUUCAUUGGAUUCGUCUCUGGGGUCUAGGAACUAUAGUAUAGUUUAUACUGGUGAGUUUCUAGUUCGAGAUCAUCAACUGGAGACUGAAAGCUGGCUUUAUUAUAAGGGAGUCAUUGAUUUCAACCACUUGCUUAUCAAUCGUGGAGUGCAGCUCAUUGAACUAGACUUGAUCAUCAAACAGAACAACGAGCUUGUUAAGUAUAAGAUUAUUUAA